UGCGGGGGAUUUGGGGUGUUUGGGGCUGUGCCCUGUAAGAGGGGCUCAGCCCUGGGGGGCUGCCAUGAGGUUUUUGAGGAAUUUGGGGUGUUUGGGGCUAUGCCCUGAAUCAGCAGGGGCAGAGUUUUGGGGUGUUUAUUUGAGGAGAUUUGGGGUCUUUGAGGCUGCAGCCCCAGGGACACACAGAGACUUUUGGGGGCGUUAUUUGAGGGGUGUUUCGGGGUCCAGCCCUGAGCACAGAGCAGGUUUGGGGUAUUUGAGGAGGAUUUAGGGUGUUUGGGGGCACAGCCCCAGGGAUUGGGGUGUUUCAGGAGAUUUGGGGGCACAACCCUGGGCACACACACAGAGAUUCAGGGUGUUUAUUUCAUGAUUUGGAGGGUACAGCCCCAGAGGAUUGAGGUGUUUGAGGAGGAUUUAGUAUGUUUGUGGGCACACUCACAGAGGCUCAGGCUGUGUUUUGGGGGAGCACAGCCUUGGGCAAACAGAGGUUCAGGGUGAAUUAGGGGGUUUUUGGGCACAAUCUCAGGCACAUGCAGCACAGAGGCUUGUGCUGUUUUUUGGGGGGUUUUGGGGCUGUUUUUUGGGCACAGCCUCGGGCACAUGCACAGAGGCUCUGGCUGUUUCUUGUGGGAUUUUGGGGGGCAAAGCCCUGGGCACAAAUAGCGAGAUUCAGGGUGAUUCAGGGAAUUCACACUCACAGAGACUCGAGCUGCUCCUCGGGCUGUUCCUCAGGGUGUUAUGGGGCUGUGUGUGGGCAGUUCCUCAGGGGGUUUGGACUGUUGCUCCUCGGUGUGUUUUGGGGUUGUGUGUGGGCUGUUCCUCGGGGGCUUUCAGGGCUGUUCCUUGGCCUGUUCCUCACGCUGUUUUGGUGCUGUGUGUGGGCUGUUUCUCGAGGGCUUUGGGGCUGUUCCUCACGGUGUUUUGAGGCUGCGUGUGGGCUGUUCCUUGAGCUGUUCCUUGGGGGUUCUGGUGCUCACGGCGGCGCUGUCCGGCGCAGGCGGGUCGCGAUGGUGAAGCUGUUCAUCGGGAACCUGCCGCGGGAGGCGACGGAGCAGGAGAUCCGCUCCCUGUUCGAGCAGUACGGGAAGGUGCUGGAGUGCGACAUCAUCAAGAACUACGGCUUCGUGCACAUCGAGGACAGGACGGCGGCCGAGGACGCCAUCCGCAACCUGCACCACCACAAGCUGCACGGCGUCUGCAUCAAUGUGGAGGCCAGCAAGAACAAGAGCAAGGCCUCCACCAAGCUGCACGUGGGCAACAUCAGCCCCGCCUGCACCAACCUAGAGCUGCGCGCCAAGUUCGAGGAGUACGGCCCCGUCAUCGAAUGUGACAUCGUCAAGGACUACGCCUUCGUGCACAUGGAGCGGGCCGAGGAUGCCGUGGAGGCCAUCCGGGGGCUGGACAACACCGAGUUCCAAGGUGAGCUGUGGGGAGGUUGUGAUCUGGGAGGAUUUUUGCUGAUUUUUGGUGUUGCCGGCCCCACUCUGUGAUUGGUGCUGUGUUUGGAGCCUCUUCUCGUCCUAGAGUGCCAGAAUUUGGCUCUGGGGAUGGUGGCAGGUGCUGUCCCCAUGCCCUUGUCCAGUGUCAGGGCUGGGGACACUGUGGUGGCUCCAUGUUGGGGCAGAGUGGCUCCACAGCACUGGAGUUUGUAGGAAUUCUGGGAGAUUUACCCAAAACUGGUUGGUCAGGCUGAGCUCUGCCUCUGAGGCCACCUCAUGAGAUUGGUGGGGUCCCUUUGCUGCUGGAAUUUGGAGGAAAACGGGGCUGGGAGCCAACGCUGUGUCCCAUUGACUCCCGUUGUCCCAUUGGCUCCCAUUGUCCCCAAGUCCUGCCUGGAACCACAGGGACCCCCCUUGUCUGCGGGGCCUGGUGCCCACCCUGGUGGCUCCUGUCACCUCCCACCCUCAGCAGUGCCAGGGGUGGCUCUCGGGGGUCCCCAUGGCUGCUGCCACCUCUUGGGGGUCCCUUGGUGCUGGUGCCGUUUCUGGGGAUCCUAUGGACCACCAGCCCCAACCCACCAUGGUCUCAAAUG